GUGAACACAUGGUUUUUGUUUCCCAUAGGUAAAUUAACCCUCGGAUCAAGCCGGGAUGCGGAUAUUUCUGUCGUUGGUACCGGCGUCGAGCCCGUUCACUGUGCGAUCGAAAACAAUAACGGCGUGGUCACUCUUCACCCCAUAAAUGGUAUCACGGCGGUCGAUGGUGUGCCAAUAAAUUCGCCAGUCAGACUCGCUCAAGGUUGCAUGCUUUCGAUCGGACGAUCAAACUACAUGCGUUUCAACCAUCCGGCCGAGGCGAAGCAAUUACGUUCGGUGGCCCCGCACUCAAGAAUCUCGAUGGCGCCUAUAAGCUUUUCACUGCCGGAGACCCAGCAACAGGAGAACUAUCACCUGGAGAGGAAGCCACCAGUGGCUCCCCGAAAGUCGCCACGUAACUCCUGUUCGGACGACGAGAUCGGUUUUCUCGGGAAACUGACGAAAUUCGAGAUGCUGGCGAAGCAAAGCAGGAACAACUGCGUCUCGCCUAAGGUAUUUCCAGCGGGAGCGGUCACCACGAACGUGCCGGCAGAUCAGAUCCUCGGCCACUCGAGAUCCUCCAGUUUAAUUUCGUUGAAGAACGGGAACAACAACUCGCCGUUACAGAAUCUGACCAACUUAGAGAGGAGCCGGUCGAACACGCCGUCGUUCAAUUCUUCGCCGCCUCAUUUUCUGAACGCAUCGUCGCCGGGCUUCAUCUCCUCUUCCCCGCAGCACUGCGACGAAAACCGGCAAAGACAGGAAGUCCGGACGCCCAGCAGAUGCAACACGCCUAAUCUCCAAUACCAAAACACGUCCACUCCGAAUCACAAUCAGAUACAAAUGUAUUCUACAGCAGAAUCGUACUUGAAAACGUACAAACCGUACUACCGGGAUUCGAACAACGAUAACAACGUGAUCGCGUCGAGGAACAAUCAGGACCUGAUGUCCCGCAGCUUCACCUGUCAACGAUCCAACGACUUGGACGAGUUGACCGCGAGAGAUUUCGACAUGAGUCAAAGCUUGAUCGUGACGAAGACCAUGACCACCGAGUAUCUGCAGUUAGAGAAAUUCGGCUCGAAUCCCAACAUCUGUAACAGCCCCAACAACGGUAAUUUCUGUGGUUUGAGGAACGUCUCGCAGAAUUUCGGCUCGAACCCAAACAUAAAGAGGAUACAACCGCCGAGUCCGGCGUUCAAUCGCAAUCCUCAGAAGUAUAACGAACAGAAACGAAGUGUGGGACGCGUGAAGAGUCCGACGCCAAGCACCGGGAGCGGUUGCUCGCUGGAGGAGCUCAGGGAGAGGCAGAUUGACGCGGAGAACAAACGGCGGGAGGCGGAGAACAAGAGGAAACAGGCGCAGGAGGAGAGGCUGCGGGAGCAGGAGGUCGAGAGGCAAGAGAAAAUGAGGCUGGAGGAGAUUCUAGCCAUGUGCGCUGAGUACGAGAGGCAGAGUACCAUGGACAAACCGAGGCAGCCUAACAGGAUUAAAACGAAUGGCUCGCUGCCGCGCGACAAGCGCCUCGGUUACAGCUCGCCUUUCGACAGUCCAAAAAGCUUAUCGAAGAACCAGCCGCACUUCUCGUUCGACACAACAAAACAAGCGAACUCAGCGUCAUACGAGAACGUGUGCGUGCAAAAUUCGAAGAUGGUAUUCCAAAACGGCAACUCGCCUAGCAACCGUAGAAAUCAAACUGACGCGAAGGACUAUUCGCUCGUGACCACGCCAAAUAGUAACAAUAAUAAUAAUAACAACAGUAAUAACAACAAUAACAAUCACGCAGGGUGGCUAAACGUUCAUGGCAACGGGGACCAUAGUUUUUCUAGCUCGAUCUCGCAAGCUCGUAGCUCGAGCUACGAGAACGCGACGAUUGACGGUAGUUUAACGAUGAACAACAAUAGUGGCAACUACUCGCAGUUAAUCGAGAAGGAUAAUAGUUACGGGACGAUCCAGUUGAACGGGACUAGGAUCAAUGGGCAAUCGGGUAAAGGCGCGCGGAAGUACGAGAACGGGAACGUGAGCUUGUACGAGAACGUGGCCGUGAACGGUGCGCAAAACAACAAUCAAAACAAUCAUUCCAUGCCAAAGAAGAACGGCCAGCUGUCGAACUCGUGCGACAUGAUCGAGAACAAGCUGGCCAUAUCGAACGACGACCUCCUAGAGGCUAUCGAGCAGCUUUCGAUGCUGUCGAAAUCCAAAGAGAUCUGCACGAUACCGAAGAAGAACAACACGGAGAAGGACAAUGCGAAAUCGAACGAGGCUAAGGCCGACAAGGAAAGGAAGGAGCUCGAGGAGGAAGACAGGAAGAAAUACAUCGAGUUCCUUCAGAACGAGAAGCUGCACAUCCUUGGUAAUAUGGACGUCCUAAAAAGGAGCGUCGCUGAUAUUGAGAUACAGGAAGAGGAGAUCAGCAGAGAGUUAGAACUGGAGAAAGCGCUGCUGUCUGCGGAAUACGAGUCGGAAUCGUUGAAACUGAGUCAGGACGAGGGCGAGAAGAUCAAAGUGCAGAUGCGAAUAAACGAACUCGAGAGGCAGAUGGCCGAGGACAACACCAGCCAGGCGAAUUUGCAAGCGGAGGCCAGGCAGAGAGUUCAAAGGGCUCAGCAGGCUUGCAAUCGUUUGGAAGAGGAAUUGGCGAACUGCACGGACGAAACGAUGCAACAGAACAUUAGCGAGAAGCUUAUGGCUCAGCAGGACGUCCUCGAGUCGGAGAGGAAGGCCUUCGAGGAUCUGGAGUUCCAUCACCUGGAGGAGGAGGCCAGCAAACUGGCUACUAGGGAAGAAUUACAAAGAUAUUUGAGUGAACUGACAGCCAAGAUAGAAACGAGGAAGGCUCGUAUGAGUCAUCUGGAGUCGCAGAGAUCCGAAGUGAAGAGCUCCGCGACCAAAGAUGCAAGGAGUCUCGAGAGACAAAAGUUGACGCAUUUGAAACGGUUGGAAGAAGGUCGAAACCGAGUUAGAGCGAUCAACGACGAGCUGAGAAAGUUGGCACAGAAUUCUUGCAGCGAGAACAGCGAAGAGAAACGGUCUCCCAGCAGGGAGGACUUCGACAGGAUCUCCAGGGUCACCACCGACUCUCCCAUUGUGAACAAUCAGGGCAGCUUGGGCAGAAAGACUAUCGAAUCACUCAAAGAGAUCGAGAGAAAUCGGCAGCUUCAUUUAGCGAAACAAGGCAGCCAAGUAAUUUCGGAAGAGCGACGACGAGUGGAGGAAUUGAAACGGAGGGUACAGGACGAGGUUCGUUCGCAGUGGGAGGAAAGGAAGAUGAACUGCACCUCUUUCAACAGCGUGGAAUCCGGCGAGGAGUCAUCCAGUUAUUCAACAGGCCCAACGGAAAGCGGCAGCGGGAGCAGCGACAGCGCGGAGGGCGGAACCAGCGAGAAAUUAUCUCCUAGCAAACUUUCGGAACUCACGUCGCCCAGCCCUGGACCUUCGAACAAUUCCUACAGUUUGCUCCAAAAUGAUAACAUGAGAGACGAUAGGAGGACAUCAAUGGAAGGCGAGAGAUUCAGCAACAACAGUGGAGGAAUAAUCGACGGAAACGGAAGCCGCCCACUGUCACAAACCUCCAGUGAAAUGGAUACCCUUGGCCCAUUGCAACCAGUCAAACAUCGUGAAAAAUCAAAAUUACAGAGGCCGCUGACUAGAUACCUCCCGAUCAAAUCCGAAUCCCUGGACCUGAGGCAUCACAUCGAGACCGCCGGUCACCAAUUACCGCUGAUACACGACGUUACGGUCGAUACGACCAGCUGCAGCGGUUAUCUGUCGAAGAUGAGCAAAAAGUUCCAUCACUGGAACAAACGGUGGUUCGUAUUCGACCGGAAAAGGAAGACGUUGUCCUAUUAUAGCGACAGCUCAUCCAGGAAAGCGCGGGGAGUGAUUUACUUCCAGUCAAUCGAGGAAGUCUACGUGGACCACAUGAACACCGUACGAUCGCCGCAGCCGUCGCUGACUUUCAUCAUUAAGACAUCAUCCAGACUGUAUCACCUAAUGGCACCGAGUCCGGAGGCGAUGAGAGUUUGGGUGGACGUCGUGUUCACCGGCGCCGAGGGAUAUCACGAGUUCGAUCACGGCAUCUGAUAAGCCGACGGAGUCUCACGUUUCUAAUCAAGAUUCGAUUCUUGUGCACCAAAGGAUCGUGAUCCAUCCUUGGCUGCAGGGCUUCGUGAUUGUUCAAGGAACACGAUUUGUCACGAACGGAGUUCCGGCCGCCUUGCGCUUCGAAAUUGGACUUGUGUAUCAGAGUGGGAUUUACAUUGGUGCUAGAUUAUUAGUUCGGGCAGCUGAGAAUGGAGCAGUAACGUUAAUUACUCCUCCGCAGUCUCGCGAUGACGGAUUGAGUAGUAAAAACGGAUGGCUCUUGAAAUGAGUGGAGAUCUUGAAUGGCUUCGUAUGGUUUAAUAAGGAAAAUAUGGAUUGGUAACUGGGAGUAAUAAAUUUAUGCAUAUUAAAAAUUGAAGGCAUUAAUGAUAGGGUAUUAUUCAAUCGCAGGCUGAAUAGCGAUUUGAUUCUAUCGUAUUUAAACCAGGUGGUUAAUCUUUAUAGAAUUCAAUAUUGAAUCUUGUAGACAUUUUUAAUCUAGUCUUCCAACGUAGAUACUUCGGAAAGUAACGAGAGCUAGCGACGUUUGAGAAUGAACGCCUUCAACAUGUAUUCUGAUAUGAACCAGAUAUCUAAGGUCCGCUUGUAAAUAUGUCCCAUUUUACAUUUUACGUUUUACAUUGUACGCUCUAUAUUCCGAUGUUUCCAAUACAUCUUGACAUCGCAUUUUACCGAGAAUUCCCUGAGAGAAAAUCUGCCACUGCGCUCUUCGCGUACCCAAAGAAACUUUCUAUAUAGACAUUACGCAUAUUAAAUGGUUCUUCAUUUAUUAUUGACGACACUGAAUUUCUCUUUUUUUAUCGAAUAACGUGUCAUACUAAUUGUUGUUAAUGACAAACGCACCUCGUAGGUAUAGAAACGUAACAAUACCUAACGCAUACACAAUUUGUGAGUAUUCCCCGACGUGUACGAUACGCGUCUAUGUAGAUUAAAUUUACAAUAAAUCAGUUUUAACAAACA